GCCACCGGAGUUGAAGUCGAAGAAGGCCAUUGUUAACGUGCAGAACACUGACAACAAGUGUUUACUGUAAGUAUAGCAGUGGGGUUUCAGUGUUGUGUUAUGGUGUAUGGAUUGAACUGUAUGCCGCCUGUCCAUGUCUUAUGUCAUCCGUACUUUAGAUGGUCAAUACUGGCUGCUAAAUUUUCGGCAGACAAGUCUCGUCCAUGUCGUCAAUCGUCGUACGCAGAACAUGCGGAUACUGUGGAUGUGAGCGGCAUCGAGUUUCCAGCAAAACUGGAAGACAUACCAGUCAUCGAAAGACUGAACGACGGUCUUUACAUCAACGUCUUCGGAUAUGAAGAGAAAGUCAUAUAUCCGUUAAGAAUUUCUCAGCAACCGCAGUCCGCCAUCAAUGUAUUGCUCAUCCAAGACGAACGCAAUGACGUGGAGGUGCAGCACUGGGUGUGGAUAAAGUCAUUCAGUCGUCUUGUUGCUACUGGAGCACGUCGAGCACAUUUCGUCUGCUUCAGAUGUCUCUCAACACACGUCACGGAGAAGGCAUUGAAUAAUCAUAUGAUGUACUGCAGUGAACAUCCUGAAGCUACGGUGGAGAUGCCAAAGGCUGGCGAUAGAGUGAUGUUCAGGAAUGUGAACAAGCAGCUUCAAGCCCCAUUUGUGAUCUAUGCCGAUUGUGAGGCUUUCAUAGAACCUCUGUCCGCUGACAAUAAAAUCGGUCAUUCGACAUUCCAAAAGAACAAGCAUGUAGCCUGUUCCUGUUCGUACAUUGUAGUACGAUCUGAUGGCGUCGUCACGAACCGUUUCUUCUACCGUGGAGAAGAUUCUAUGUUCUGUUUUCUGCUGUCACUUGAGCAAGAGGAGGAGACUAUCCGUGAUGAGCUUCUAGCAUGUAAUGCUGGUCAAAUGAUCAUUUCAGAAAGUCAGCAACGUGAAUUUGAAACGGUAGUCUCCUGUUGGAUCUGUGGUGAAGCGUUGGGUAGCGAUCGUGUACGUGACCACUGUCACAUCACCGGUGCUUAUCGUGGUGCAGCACACAACCAUUGUAACCUGAACAUGCGGAUUGAGCCGUUCAAGAUCAAGAUUCCUGUGAUCUUUCAUAACUUGAAGGGAUCCGAUUCUCAUCACAUCAUAUCUGCCAUUGGGAGAACGUCCAUUGAUGAGAUUACGAAGAUCAUUACUAUGUUGGUACUCAUAUUCACGUUUAUAUGA